GUUUCAUGAUAUUCUUUUGAGUUGUUUCUUGUUAUUUUUUUACUAACUCCAAUUUCAUAUGGGUCAAGUCAUUUCUUAAUAAUGUCAAGUUCUAUUCGUCGUAAAAUAAAGAACUUGAAAUAUACGAGUUAUAUUUUCUACUUAGGUAACUUGAGACGGAACGUCUCUGCAAGCAAAACAUUGAUCGCGUUAGCAGAAAUUGAUUACUGAUCACUGAAAAUGUAGAAGUUACCUACUAAUUUGAGAUACGGUGCCCGAUAGUAUUUUACAGUGAGGAUAGAUUUAGUAAGAACCUCGAUAUAAACAUAUAUAUAAACAGCAAAUCUUGGGGUUUAUUUCGUUAGUGGUUUCACUAUAAUGGAGGCAAGUGCCAGCGUGCCGCCGCAAGUAAAACAGGAGCCAGAAUGGCACAGCGCGGAAGACGAGGUGUCUCCGAGUGUAAUACUGUUACCAGAACAUAUGCGAGUGAAAGUGGAGGUGGAGUAUGAAGAGCCCGCGCCGGGCUUCAGGAGCGCCGAGCUGCAGCGCCCGCCGCCGCUAGCCGCUUUAAGUGACACGUUAACAACGCUAAAUCCGCAACACCUACCCGCUUUCCUCACCUCCAUGCCGUGUCCUCCUCUCGUGCCGCUCAGCAAGCCCCGCUCCGCUCCGCAACAAGCGGGCCACACCGGAGCGACUGAUAAACAAACGAGCGACAACACCGACACAAAAACUUACGUCUGUGACGCUUGCGGGAAAACGUACCAACAGAAAUACCUACUAAUCCGACAUCUUCAACUGCACCUCAAAUCUAAGAUAGAUAUAAAAAUAAAUAGAAAAAAAUAUGACUGUGGUACAUGUGGACUACAAUUCUUAAACGAAUCCGAACUACAGAAGCAUAAGUUAAGCGAGGGUCACACUGGACUCAGGAAAUACCCGUGCGACGUCUGCAAAAGAGAAUUUUCAUGCGCAAACGCCUUAAACUUACAUAAAAUGAUCCACAGCGGAGAGAAACCUUUCCCCUGCGGAAUAUGCGAAAAGCGGUUCAGACAACAGAACGAAUUGGACAAACAUGUUAUGAGAAUGCAUACUAAUGAACGGCCGUAUAAGUGUGAAGCGUGUGAAAAGCUAUUUAAAACUGUAGCUGAUUUACGUCUACAUAUAAGGUUACACACUGGUGAGAAACCGUUUACAUGCGAUAUAUGUCAAAAAAGCUUUUAUGCUUCCGACUCUAUGACUAAACAUAGACGGGUCCACACUGGAGAGAAGCCAUACAAAUGUGAAACUUGUGGAAUGCAGUUCACGAAUAAAAGCGGUUUAACCACACACAGACGAACCCACACCGGUGAAAAACCAUACUCAUGCGAUGUAUGUGGGAGAAAUUUUUCACAAAGAAACAUAUUAGUGACUCAUAGAAGAACUCAUACUGGUGAAAAAUUUUCAUGUGAUGUAUGUAAUAAACAGUUUACACGUACUUCUAAAUUGAAGGUACAUAAACAGAAACAUGUGAACGAAAACUAGAAUAGAUGUUCACUAUUAGAUAAAUAAUUAUUAUUUAUUUUUUUGCUUUACCUGCAAAUAAAUCACUUAAUAAAUUGUGUGUGUGUGUUGUUGUUGUAAGAUAAAUUAAAAUGUACGAAUCCAUCUAAGAUGACUUUUUAUCAACUUGGCAAGCGAGCGAUUGUAACAAGAUCACGUACGUCAAAUAUGAAAAUAUGACGUUAAGGGACUAUUAAAUUGUGAAGCA